AUGGAGUUCCUAUUGCUGAUUGCAUCCAUCAUACUUACUGGGUUGUAUCUAUGGUUACGACGUCCUGACCCCAAUCUGCCGCCAUUUCCGAAGAGACCGCUUCCAUUGGUGGGCAACUUGUUUCAUCUAGCAGACGAUUCCCGCCCUCUUUUCAAGAGAUGGCGCAAACAGUUUGGCGACAUAUUUAGUCUCAACAUGGGCGGCACCCUGGUGGUUGUUCUCAACGGUUUUGAUGUCAUGAAGGAAGCUUUUGUCAAGAAAGCUGACGCCUUUUCAGACAGAACACCUGUCUUCUUUGAUGCGGCAACAGGCAUUCCCGAGAAAGGAGUUGCGUUUUCUUCAGGUCCGGAAUGGAAAGAGCAAAGGUCUGUUGCCUUGACGAUCCUGAGAAAGUUCGGAAUGGGCAAAAACAUCCUGGUAGAUAAAAUUCAAGACGUAGUAUCAGCUUAUGUGGACUAUCUGGCAAGUCAGAAGGGACAACCUACAGACAUUCGAACCAUGACCAACAUUAGUACGUGCAAUGUCAUUUGCGCUAUAAUAAUUGGUCAUAAAUUUGAGUUUAACGAUAAAGAGUUUCAAAAGCUGAUAGCGCAUUUGAAUUCAACGGCCCUAGAUCAGAAAAAUGUCAGUUUAAUUAACUACAUUUCCUGGUUAAAAUACUUACCAGGGGACCUGUUCUUCGCAAAGAAAAUUACGCUUAACGUGCAGGUUGUUUUGAGUUUGUUAAAGAAAUUUGUUGCUGCAAAUAGACGCACGGUUGUGGAUUUUAACGAUGCUGGGAACUUUAUUGAAGCAUAUUUGGCUGAAAGAAACAAGAAAGUACAAGCUGGGGUUUCCACGUAUAUGGACGAUGAGAACUUAUUAAAAACUAUUCACGAAUUAUUUGGUGCAGGAACGGAGACCACAAGUACCACUAUAAUUUGGUGUGUUCUGUACAUGAUUAAUUAUCCAGAAAUGCAAGAAAAGGUGUAUGCAGAGAUCAUGGAGGAAGUCGGAUCUAGCAGACUGCCAAAUAUGCAGGACAAAACCAAGCUGCCCUAUCUUAAUGCGGUAAUCAUGGAAACCCAACGACUGGCCAGUAUUGUUCCACUGUCUUUGCUUCACUUGUGUUCAGAAAACGUGACACUGAAAGGCUAUACCAUACCCAAGGGAACAUGGAUCAUCCCAAAUCUGGACUCGGUUUUACAUGACAAGGCCAUCUGGGGGAAAGACGCCAUGUCUUUUAAGCCUGAGAGGUUCCUAGAUUCUACAGGUAAAGUGCAGGAUCGAGAGGAACUGAUCCCAUUCGGCAUUGGCAGGCGGGUUUGUCUGGGCGAGGCCUUGGCUAACAUGGAGCUGUUUUUGUUUUUAUCUAAUAUGUUUCAACGGUUUCAGUUUUUGCCGAAAGAUAAAACUCCCCCCAGUUGCAAUGUUUACCGCUUUGGACUCACCUGUGCCCCUUACCCGUUUGAAGUCAGAAUACUUCCACGAAAACAACAGGAAUGA